UGUGCUAUUACGUAGGGGCGUCAUGUUAGCGGGAGAUCAGCGGGGAGACCCUGUCUAAAACCCCCUGUAAAUUUAUUUGCAUGAGCUGCAAGGCUACCACGACCACGACCGCAACCGCAAGAAUAUUGGAACUUCCAAGCUCCAAGCUCCAAGCUUACCAUCAAUUGUUUCACGAAUUGAACUUGUAAAUGUGGACUUGCUUCAUGUACUUCCUGUACUUACAACCCCCACCUGUAUCUACACCUAUCUAACGCGUCAAAAACCGCAAACUCGCUGAAUCGAAUCAAUACGAAUCCACGAUUUCCCUUCCGAUCAAUGGGAUGAACGCGCCGAUAUGAAUCUGCUACUUUCCGACGAUUACCUGCUCCAGGAUUACCCUGAGAAUAUCACCAAUACUAUUCGAUCCGGCCACACAACAUGUCUGCGUUUCAAUCGGAGAGGUGACUACCUCGCCUCCGGUCGCGUCGAUGGUACCGUCGUAGUUUGGGAUCUCGAGACGAUGGGUGUGGCAAGGAAGUUGAGAGGUCAUAGGGCGGCAAUCACUUCCCUGAGCUGGUCUAGAUGCGGCCGGUACUUGCUCUCCGCCUGCCAAGGUUGGAGGGCUGUUCUCUGGGAUCUGAAAGAUGGCACGAGGUACAGAGAAGUGCGCUUCCGCGCGCCCAUCUAUACCGCGGAUCUCCACCCUUGGAACCACAAUUUAUUCGUAGCAUCCAUUUUUGACGAAGCCCCAUCGCUUGUUGACAUGACCGGCCUUAGCGAUGUAAAGCACACGCUCCCCUCCGCGCCUAAAAGAACGAAUACCGACGUCGACGCCGCGACUAAAGAGAAGCAAGCGAAAGAGGAUGCAAAGCAGAUGACUACUGCAGCGGUCUGGACGGCCGCAGGCGAUCAUAUCCUUGCGGGCACGAACAAAGGUCGCUUCAACAUUAUAGAUGCCCACACCCACGAAAUUAUAUGGUCAGAAAAGAUAUGUAGUUCUGUGGUCACUACGCUGCGUUUGACGAGCUCCGGACGUGAAAUGCUGGUUAACUCGCAGGAUCGCAUCAUCAGAACCUUCCACCUACCCAAUCUCUCGGCCGAAGAUCUCGACCCCGAUACAAUACAAAUGCCGCUCGAGCAUAAAUUUCAAGAUGUCGUUAAUCGACUGUCCUGGAACCAUGUCACAUUCAGCGCUACAGGGGAAUACGUGGCAGCAUCUACAUACAACAAUCACGAAUUAUACAUCUGGGAGCGAAAUCACGGCAGUCUUGUUCGAAUGCUAGAGGGACCAAAGGAGGAGCAAGGAGUAAUUGAGUGGCACCCGCAUAGGGCCAUAUUAGCUGCUUGUGGGCUCGAAACCGGCCGUAUCUACAUCUGGUCGGUGACCACACCGCAACGCUGGUCGGCAUUGGCGCCAGACUUCGUCGAGGUCGAGGAAAAUGUGGAGUAUAUCGAGAAGGAGGACGAAUUCGAUAUCCACCCUCAAGAGGAGAUCAAUAAGCGUAGGCUGGAUAGGGAAGAUGAAGAUAUCGAUGUGUUGACGCUGGAUCCGAGCAACAGAUACGACGAGGACAUCGACGGCGCGGGGUUUCAGAUGCCAGUACUGUUUAAUCUAGGCGAGAGCGACAGCGAAGAGGAGUUCGUUACGGUCUCGACAGGUACGGUGCGGCGCAGAAGUCUAGGCGAAGGACAAGAAGGCGAGGCUGCUGAUGAAGAGAAGACGGCUGGAGGCAAGAAGACGGUUCCUGCGAAAAGCACCAGAGGAAGGAAGAGAUGACUUAUAAUACAUACCUGACCUGCCCAGAUACCUAUAUAGUAGGUACGCAGUUGCUAGCUACUAGGUAAUAAUAACCCGAUACCCCUCUAAUGAGAAAUAUUCCGAGAAAUCCAUCUAUCAAGUGUAGUCAAAUAACCAGUAGUUACUAUGUGACUAGGUAGGUGCUUCGGUUCAUACUGUACUAACCAGGAUAUGGUGUCAUGUAAUGGUCUGAUCUCCUUGUUACGUUGGCUGUUGCUGACCUAAUAUCUCUGAUGGUGGUGAGUAACAUGCAUCUGCACCGUUAACCUUGAGACCAUUCACAUGAUAAAUAUGUAGUAAAUAUGUACCUAGUCAAGUACAAUGGGAUUAGUAUCAUAAUGGUACAUACCUUGCACUGGGUGAUUCUAUGUGGUUACUAUUUUUUUUUUAAA